UUCGCAUCGACGGCCAUGGAGCGGCCAAUUUGAAGACAUGAAACAAGACAAAGAAGCCCCAUGAAAGCUCAAGGACUCUCUCGUGAGCAAGCGUCCAGAUGGCACAGCAGCUUGUUUGCGCGCCCGAGAAGGAAGAGGUGAACUGACACAGGAUCGGAUCGCUUAAAAAAAGGGGCCAUCGCGGCCAUCGAGCCAGCAAAGCCACCGCCGGAAAAGCACGGCAUGAUCCUCUUCCGGGCGUUCCAGCUCCUCGACGUGUUGCAGACGCUGUCGCGGCGCCAUGAACUGCACCUCCACCUGCUCUCCGACACCCUCGAGCCGAUAACGUCGCAGCCCAAGACGCCCGGCCAUGAAUCCCAAGGACUCCUCUUUUUUUCCCCGCUGUGCUCCCCACGCACACCUACGACGACGCCCUCGUCGACCUCGACGUCCUCCUCGUCCCGGGCGGCCUGGGAUUGCGAUCUCCCCAUCUCAACGCGGCAAUCGCGUUCAUCGCCAAGGCGUACCCGCGGCUGGACUACUUCGUGGCGAUCUGCAACGGCGUAGGGCUAGCGGCCAAAGCAGGCGUCCUGGACGGGAAGAGAGCGACGACAAACAAAGCGUCGUGGGAGAGAAUCGUUCCUUCGGGGCCCAGGGUCAAGUGGGAGCGUCGUGCGCGGCGGACGGCAAGGUGUGGACGUCGUCGGGCGUCACGGCCGGGCUGGACAUGACGCUGGCGUUCGUCCAGCAUGUCUAAGUACGGUGAGGAAGAGGCGAAUAGAAAUUGCGAAUUCACUGGAAUAUGAGUGGAACACUGAACCGGACGGAGAUCCGUUCGUCGAUGUCUUCAAAGAGGCAGCAUGACGAGCCGAGCGGCCACACGGUUGUCAUGGUUUCUUUUUCUUUUUCUUUCUUUCUUUCUUUUUUUUUUUUGGCCCGUUUCGCGUUCUAAGUUAACGCUGCUGCUUGCGAGCCAUGUCUCCUCUCUACUGGCAACUCUAACCAUGCAUAUUACCUACAUAUUAAGAAGCUUUUAUUGCACAAGG